AUGCAUCGUCUUUUUGCUGAGCUGAAGCCAUCUUUAACCGUCACAGAGCAAAACCUGGCAGACCGAGUUCGGUAUAUCUUGCGCUCAAAUAUAUUUGAUGUCGCCGAACUCGAACGGCUACGACGUGAGGCUGUUCCCUCGUCGGAUGAGAAUGCUACGGCUGAGGAUGCGGCGCCACAAAUGGUAGAGCAACCCGCAAACGUGGAUGCCGCCGUGAAUACCCCAGUUGUGGUUGAUUCAAGCGAUGAUGGAACAGUCACCCAGGAACUGGAAUUAGAGCAUAUGAGGAGUACAUUGGAAGAGGCGAUUGUGGAAACGCGCAGUACGCCUCUCGAAAAUCGACCGCGACUUCCCCCGCAUAGCCCUAAGCAAGCGGAAUCGGGCUGUCGUGAGGGCUCUGAACCCAAUGCUGGUGACCUAUUUGGAAGCCAGCCGGGACCUUUGCGAGACGGACUCAAUUCUUUUUGGCGCCGCGCUGGCAGUCUGCCGUAUCAUAGGCGCCAAGGUUUCCACGGCUGGACGCGCUACUGGCCAUAG